UGUUCCCAUAUAUUGACACAUUUCUUAUUUGCAUACCAAUGAUUCCGUCACACUUGUAACCAAAGAGCAUGAAGAUAAAUGGAGUAGAUUAUUGCAAAGAAAAGUGCGUUGCUUAUAUAUCUACUGGCACAUCUUUGAUACUGGGAUCGAAUGAAACGGUGGAAACGAUUAAUUCUAGACUUGGGGCCAAGCCGGUUGGGGAUGAUGAGUAUGGAUUAAACUGUAAUGAUAUUAACCUGCUCCCUCCUAUUGAGUUUGUCUUCAAGAAGAGGAGCUAUGUACUUGAGGCGAAGAACUAUGUGCUUAAGGAAGUCAACUGGUUAAACACAAAGUGUACAUCACCAUUCGCUAGUAACGAUCUAGUUCCCCCUGGAGUUUGG